GAAAGUGAGCGAGAAGGUGAAGCUGGAGCCGCCGGACGCCGCGCGAGCUCCGCGGUGUGUUUCAGCAGUGACACCGGCGCAGCCCGCACCUAUGCACCAGGCUGCAGCUCAGGAGUAACCAGUGAUAACCUCCUGCUUUCCCACCAUGCACCUGUGAACUGAGGCGGAACGAUGCCGCGCACCAAGCAGAACAACCCCAAGAACCUAAAGGAUAAAAUCGAGGAGGCGCAGAAGGAGCUGAAAGACCCUAAAGGCUCCCAGAAAGGGAUUUCUGAGAGCAGCCGGAGAAAUGCGGACAACAUAAAAGGCCUGAAGAGGAAAAAGGUUGUCGCGGAGAAUCAGCUAAAGAAGAUCCCCAAAUCUCCGGUGAAGAAGCCGCUGCAGCUGAAAACACCGGGACGGCCGUCCAAGGAACCGCCGCCGUCCUGCUCCUCGUCCUCCAACAGUCCCUCUCGCCAUCCCCCCGGUGGGGCGAGCGAGCAGCAGCAUGGAGAGGCAGCUCCGGCAGCUCCUGAGAAGGACCCCUUCCCCCCUGAAGCUGAGAGGCUGAAGCAGGAGGACUCGUCUCCUCGUCCGUCCCCGUCCGUCCAACCCUCCGAUGCUGAGCGGGGCUCGUCGGCUCCUUCUGAAGCAGCCGAGCCCAAAGAGAGGCGCUCGGAGGGGGACCCCUACCACAGCAGCGCUCCGCUGGAUGUUCUCCUCAAGGCCAUGGAGCCUGACUUCAGCACCCUGGCCGAGAGGAGGAGCUCCUCGCUGGCCACGAGCGCCGCUCAGCCGGCCGUCGCCCUGCAGCCUCAGCCCGGCGGGGAAGUGACGGCGAUGCCGGCCGUCAACGUCAGCCUGCAGGCCCAGCCCCCCCACAUGCAGACCUACUACAUCGACAAGCAAGGCAACUUCAUUGGCAUCGCGGCGCCGCUGCAGGACGCCGCGCAGGCGUCCCCGCAGGGGGCCGUUCCGCUCGCCGCGCCGCACUUCGUGCCCCUCGCUUCCAAUCCAGAAAAGCCGAGCGUACACAUGAACUUUAACGCCGGACCCUCCGCGAUCACGCACGCACCCGUUCCCUCAGGCUCCAACACGCUGCCGCAAAGCCAACCGCCGGUCGUGCACACGUGCCAGUCCCUCUCGGCCAGCGUUCCCAGCACAGUCCAGGUCCCGGUCACACCGGGAACCAAUCAGGUUCAGAUGACCACCGUGAUGAACUUUGGUGCUGAGCAACUCUCCAAGGACCAAAAGCCUAAGAAGCCAGGAAAGUACGUUUGUGAAUACUGCAACCGAGCAUGUGCAAAACCCAGCGUGCUGCUGAAACACAUCAGGUCUCACACAGGAGAAAGACCAUAUCCCUGCGUUACUUGUGGUUUCUCAUUUAAAACCAAGAGUAACUUAUACAAGCACAAGAAGUCCCACGCUCACGCUAUAAAACUGGGGCUCAUCGCACGCUCUGAAUCUGGAGGCGGAUCGCUGUCUCAAGAAUCUGACAAAAACCUGGGAACACACUCCGAAGGCGAAGACAGCGGAGAGAGCGACGAGGAUGGGAGCACUGCGGACCUGGACCCCGACUCAUCUCAGAGCAGCGUGGCGGCUUUGUCUGAAAGUAGUUUACAGAGCGCAGGUACGGCCCAGGCGGGCCACAUGGAGGCAGACCUAUCGGGUGUGUUUGACUCGGUCAAACCGCCUUCGGGUCAGAAAGCUCAUGAGCCUAAAGUGACGGCUGCCCUUCCAAAGGUCGUCGUGUAUCCAGUCAACGUCUCCCCUCUCAGGGCGGAUAGCCCGAGAGUUACCGGAGCUGCACCCGAACAAGCCGCCGCGCAACGGCAGAGAGAGUUCCAGACGGCGAACCUGAGGUCCAGCAUGACGGUCCUGUCGUCUCUGAAGGAGGUGGACGGCACACACCCCUCCCUGGACACUGUGAGCGAGGAUGAGGACCACCACUGCAAGUCUCCUCUGUUGAGCGGACACGCUCAGCUUCAGCGGCAGCAGGCGACGGACUUCUCUCAGCAGCAGCAGCCCAAAUGUCUGCUCAGUCCUCGCAGUUUGGGAAGCACAGACUCUGGCUACUUCUCACGGUCCGAAAGUGCCGAUCAGGCCAUGAGUCCACCGAGCCCCUUUGUCAAGAUAACUCCGCCAGUAGACGUCGAAGUUGUGAAGAAUGCUCUUCCCAGCAUCCCUCCGGUGGUCGCCACAGUCAUGCAUGUUGCCACCGAUCAACGGUCACGGGCCACAGAGGGACGGAUGCGUCCGCCGCUAGAAGCCAGUGCGCGAUCGCUGGAAGAACGAAUUUCAAAACUGAUAUCUGAUAACGAGGCGGUCGUGGACAACAAGCAGUUGGACAGUGUGAAGCCCAGGAGAACGUCUCUCUCAAGGAAAGGUAGCAUAGAUUCCCCAAAAUCCUACAUUUUUAAAGACUCUUUUCAGUUUGACCUGAAGCCAAUGGGGAGAAGGUCCAGCUCCAGUUCAGAUAUCCCCAAGUCCCCUUUCACUCCCACAGAUAAAUCAAAGCCAGUGUUACUUCUCUCUGUACCCCCUCAAUACCCACCCAUGGAUUGUUUGCCAAUAACCCGGAGUAAUUCUAUGCCUACGACACCGGGGCACUCAGCUCUUCCACUUAAUGUUGCCCCCCUCCCGUACCGAAUUUGUCAGUCGUUUGAUGAAAAAAUCAGUUCAUUGAACGACGACGUGUUUUCCUCAGCCCCAUCAACGCCAAACCCUGCGAUUCAUUCACGAACUUUAGUCAGACAAGCAGCAGUGGAGGACUUUUCCUCUGGUGAGGGGCACAGCCUCCCGACAGUUCGCUCCAUGGAUGAAGGUUACCACGGUCCAAGCAGCUCAGCAGAACUGAUGCAGAGAAGCAGAUCCUUCGAGCACGGUCAGGACAGAAACAGGAAGCCCCAGCAGAACAAAGGCACAAUGUACGAAUGUGAAACCUGCCGCAACCGGUACAGAAAGUUAGAGAAUUUUGAAACACACAAGAAGUUUUAUUGCUCUGAGCUUCACGGUCCCAAAAACAAGCCCAUGCCCACUAAAGAGACAGAUCAAGAUGUUUUUCAUGUCAAUGUACAGCAGACGUUUGUUGCGAGAUCGACCCCAGGUUCGACCGUUCACGACCAUCAGACGUCAAUCAGGAAGAGAAGGAAAAAGAAAAGUGUUGGUGAUGAGGACGAUCAAUCUCCAACUGACAUCAUUCCACCUUGUUCUGUUAGUUUUGAUCUACCAGCAGGUCUGCCAAAUAGGACGUUUUCCCAGCACGCUCUGCUAGUGGAUGUACAGCCCAAAAACAACCAGUCAAAGCUACCUCAAAUUCAGCUUGCAGUAGCAAGAGGUAUUAAUGCUUCAGAUUCCAGACUGUCGCCAAUACGAGAGACCCAGAUCAGCACCUCAAAUAAAGGAGAGUUGCAACGGCAAGGCAGCGGUACGUCCGUCAUCAGACACACAAACUCUCUUAGCAGACCAAAUUCCUUUGAAACCGAGUCUCUGGACAGGGUCUCUCCUGUUGACAACAUUGAGAAGGAUUCCCUGAACAAACCCAAAACAGAUGUUCCAGCAGUCUCAGCUGACAACUAUCUGGAAACAAGAUCCAAGCCCAAGACUGCCGACUAUGGGCCGCCAAGGAAGGAGCAGGGCAGUGACAGUACAGUGGCAGUGGUCGGUGCAAACUGCACUCCCGUUCAUCAGUCUCGUCUCGUCCGUCAGAACAACAUCCAAGUUCCUGAGAUUUUGGUGACGGAGGAUUCUGACAGAGAGCACGAAACACAAACUUCAGAGGUCGCAGACAAGCCUGCCGAUCAGUUCAACUGGCCUCAGAGGAGCGAAAGUUUGUCCAAGUUACCAGCAGAGAAGCUGCCCCCUAAAAAGAAGAGAAUCCGCCUGGCUCAAAUGGACCACUCUUCAGGAGAAUCCAGCUUUGAGUCCAGCCUCUCGCGAAGCCUCAGUAGGGAUAGUAGCCUGUCUCGCUGUUCCAGCAUCUCGGCCUCCUUUGAAAGAGACGAACCAUCCCGGUCGGAAAGUCCCUCUAGAGCGGAAUGUGUUAACAGCGUUCCCGAGUCUCAGUGUCAGCCAGCAGCCUUUAACACCCUCGGCGUGCCUGGCAUGAUGAGACGUGCCGCAUCUGAACAGAUCACUUGCACCCAACCCUCGGUCGAGAUUUCGUGCGAGUAUCGCAGCAAGUCCUUCGACUGUGGCAAUGUGUCACCCAGCCGAUCUCUGUCACCUGUUGGUCAGCCAAAAAGUGGACAACCCCUCCAAGGUCCUCAGGUGCCACUAAUUGAAAGGAGACGGGGGCCUUUGGUUCGACAGAUGUCUUUGAAGAUUGGCCCAGAGAGUCAGCAGCCUGUCCGGAAAGCUGUGGUACCUCUAGACAAACCUCUGAGCACAAACGUGAGCUUGUUUCCUCAGAACAGAUCUCAGCAGAUUCACAUUGCCAACAGACGUACCGUCGCUCAGCCUUUCGUCCUGCACACUGGAGAGCAACCAUUGCAAAAGAACGAACAAAUGGUACAAAGCAUUAAUUUGGGUAGCCCAACUCAACAACCUCAGGUUCAUGGCCUUCCACACCCUUGGCAUCAGACAUCAAGGGUUCAAAUCUGCCAAAAGAUUCAACAACCGCUCAGUCAGAUCUUAGUUUGUCGCGAUAAUGUCCAAAACAAACCAACUGAUUCUGAAGAGAAGAAAUGUUUUGUGCCCAAAUACCAACUGCAGUGUCCCGCUCUGAGAGCUAGCCAAACAUUUUCCUUCUCCAGCACACAGGGGACUCAGAUCGCCUUGCCAGUUUUAACAAUACCUAUUGCCAAUACGAUUUUGAGCGUGUCAAAAUCAUCAGAGGUAAUCCAGAAUGUGUACGUUGCUCAGCCCACUCAACAGGCCUCGGACGUUAAGACACAGACUGUUGUUUUGUCUGGUGACCAGCAAAGGGACCCAUUUGAUCGGACCCAAGCAAGUCCAACGCCACUGCCACAAAUCCUGAUAACUCACGAGCAGAUGCAGCCUGCGUCCUCUAUGUCCAACAAAAACAGCCUGCCAUCCAGUCAGAGUAUCGAAAGCGACACACACGCCGUGCAACCCGCCAAGAAGGACUUGACUCAGACUGGAAGCACUAAUAAUCACCCCUCAGAACAAGCGUCUUUUCUCGGGUCUUUACACUGCACACAAAAACUGGCCUCAGUGACGCUGUGUCCACAGCAGGAGCCCACUGCUUCCAGUAAGCGGAUGUUGUCUCCUGCCAACAGUUUGGACAUUUACAUGGAGAAGCACCAGAAAAGAGCCAAGGAUGAGCACGGCGUGGCCUGCCUGACCGACGGCCGCUCCGUCAACUAUCUGAACUCAAAGAUAUCCGAGGUGACCAGACAACGGAAGCUGAUGCUUGUGAGGCAGGUCUGCACGACCGAGCCGGCGGACAGUCCAAUAGAAACUGAGGCCCCACCUCUGCCCGAUGUCAAAUCUGAUGGCGAGAAGGACUCUGAGGCCACAGAUGACGUUAAACCCAUGUCACCUGAUGCUGUUGGGCUGAACAAAGACACGACCACGGUCAUCCAUGAGGAGCCGGUCUCUGUCCUCAAUACUGCGCCCGGAAGCCACGGCUCAUCGCUGCCAGCCAACAACACUCUGAAGCCUCAGGAGAAAGCUGAGGAGCAGAGGUGGACCCCAUCCAAAUCCCCAAUCCGACCCUCCAGUUUCCAUGGUGGCCAGGUGAAGCUGACCACGUCUGUGUCUGUGGUGAACACCAAAGACAGCCACCGCCUGUCCUUCCCCAGCCUGAAGACCGCCACCACUUUCACAUGGUGCUUCCUGAUGAAGAGGAAGCCUCUUCAUUCUCCACAGACUGACCUGAAGACGUCUGCGUACAGUACCUGGACGGUCAGCCCCAACAACCCGAACCCGCUGGGACUGCCCACCAAAGUGGUCAUGUCUCUGUUUGACUCCAAACAGAGCUCCAAGAAGAUCCACUACACCUCAGCCAUAAAGACCGGGGGGAAAGCCGACAUCUUGUCCUACUCGGGCAAGCUGAAAGAUGUGAUGGCCAGGCUGCCAAUUACCCAGAAGUCUGCACCAGUGGAAAAACCCAGUAAAACACCAGCAGAAAAUCUAGCGAGCAACGACUCGGACAAGGACGUGGCUUCUGCCACGGAACCGAGGAGGGUGAAGAUAUUUGAUGGCGGGUACAAGUCCAACGAGGACUACGUGUACGUGCGCGGGCGUGGACGGGGUAAAUACAUCUGCGAGGAGUGUGGCAUCCGCUGCAAGAAGCCCAGCAUGCUGCGCAAACACAUCCGCACGCACUCCGACGUCCGGCCGUACCACUGCGUCCACUGCAACUUCUCCUUCAAGACCAAAGGGAACCUGACCAAGCACAUGAAGUCCAAGGCCCACAGCAAGAAGUGCCUGGAGAUGGGAGUGCCCGAGGGUCUGAUCGAGGACCAGGACGCCGAGGACUCGGGAGAUCGCAGUCAUGUGAGCAGCGCCGACCGUCAGGACUCGGACGGGGACGACUCGGACGGUCCCGACGACGAGGAGAACGACGAGGAGGAGGAAGAGGACAGCCAGGCGGAGUCCGGACUGUCCACCAACCCGUCGGUGUCGGCCAGUCCGCAGCACGCCCCCUGCCGGGAGGCCGAGGUCCCGCCCAGCGCCCUGCUGGCCCAGAUGUCCCUGUCCCCGUCCCAGGCCCCGCCCCCCGAACCCCUCGCCUCCUUCUCCGAGUCCGUCCCCAUGAUGAGCCCCGUCUCCCUCAGCAAGCAGAUCUCCAUCUCGGCGUCCUUCCCCGCCUCCCCUCCCCCCGCCGCCGCCACGUCCGACUCGUGCGCCUCGGACACGGAGUCCGUCCACAUGAUGAGCCCGGUGUCUCCGUGCCGGCAGAUGUCCAUCGAUUACCCCGACUUCGACGUCCCCCCUAGCCCCCCCGCGCCGAGCAAGGGCUCCAAGCCGGGCCAGGACUCGUCUGGACCUGCAGUGAGCGCCGAGUCCGGCGUUCCGGUGGACCGCGGCACCCAGACGGCCUCCUUCCCUCCGGUGGCCCCCCUGUUCCCCCCGCCGGGCGGCCUCCAGACGCCGGGUCCGGGUCCCGGGGCCCCCACCCACCUGUUCAGCCACCUGCCGCUGCACUCGCAGCAGCCGCCGCGCUCGUCGUACGGCAUGGUGCCGGUGGGCGGCAUCCAGCUGGUCCCGGCCGGCCUGGCCGCCUACUCCACCUUCGUGCCGAUCCAGGCGGGCCCGGUGCAGCUCACCAUCCCGGCGGUGAGCGUCAUUCACCGGAACGGCGGCCCGCUGCCGGCGCCCGGCGCGCCGGCGGCGGCGGACGGCCCGCGGGGCCAGCCGGCUCCGGGCGGCGUGCUGCCCUGCUUCCCGCUGGGCCCGGUGACCCCGGCCGUCCAGCCGGUGGGCCUGGAGGCCCUGGGCCUGGUGGGGCUGGCCGGCGCCGGCCUGGCCCCCACGCAGCUGCUCAACGCCACGCUGGGCCUGCAGGUCCUCGCCGCCAACCCGCCGGCCCAGAGCGGCGCCGGGCCGGCGGCGGCGCACGUCCCGGGCCUGCAGAUCGUCAACAUCGCCCUGCCCGCCAUCAUCCCCUCGCUCAGCCCGCUGUCCGCCCUCAGUCCGCUGCCCGGCAGCCCCGAGCCGGCCCCCCCGGGGCCCCCCGGCGCCACCGGCCCCCCCGAGCCCGGCCCGGCAGGUAGCACCGGAGCCGAGCCGGCUCCGACCGCCGAGACGGAGCGCAGAGACAGAACCCCCCCGCCGCCGCCGCGGCCGUCCCCGGACCCUCAGCGCCGGGCGGACAGUCCCAGCCGGCCGGCGGCCGGGGGGGCCGGGGGGGCCAGGGAGCCGGCGCCGCCCCCCAGAACCGCCAGAGCCCCAGCAGCGUCCGGCUGGCACAAGGCGGAGGACGAGGACAACGAGGCGUCCAGUGACGACGAAGACAGACUGGUCAUCGCCACCUGAACCCCCGACCCCCCCCCCCGUCCCCCCCCGACCCCCCAGUGCAGAGCUCUUCUUCUUCUCUUUUGUAAUUCUGGUCACUUUGUAAGACUGAAAACACUUUUCGGCGGUUUGUUUCAGCAACGAACCGCCUUUCAAAGCACAUCGACCCCGAUUCCCACCGCGACCGACCGAUCAGCUGAUCAGCCGGUCAGCUGAUCGGUCGGUCAGUCUCUGCUCCUUUUGUACAUGUUGUACAGACAAUCGUGCCUUGAUGGAGUUUCUUGUUGAGGAACCUGUAAAUACUCGUGGUUUUGUGUUUAUCUGGGAGGAAAACGCGUCGGCGGCGACGUUCUGGACGUUUCGGUGUCGUUUCUGCUAAAUGUACUUUUUUUUUUCUCUGUGGAUUCCGGGGAAACGUUCCUGUGUACAGAUGUUGUGUUCAGCUAUUUAUUCUACUCCGUCUGGUGCCCGUCACGGUUCAGAGUCCAGAGGUCAGAGGUCAGUGCAUCAUGGUAGCUCUCCAUCGCUGUAUCGAUAUUCCAAACUGUAUCAGUAAACAUUUGUUUAUAAACCUUUCA